AGGGUAGGUCGAGCCAGCCAGACAACCACGUCCAUGCCCAUCGUCAACAAUCAAACAGUCUGUCAGUCUGGCUGUGGUAGUUUGCCGUCUGAAAAGGCAGAUUGAAGUUCUGGAAAUGAUGAGAAAUUGGCUGGUCGGAUGAGAAGGCAUUUCCAAGACAGUACAUUUGCAAUAGUUCUGUACUAGUACCGAUUGGCCGAUCACUCCAGCGGUUCGCGGAUUGGCCAUCCCCGGCUUGAAUGUGCGGACCUUCUCGUAGGAGACCAUAACAUCCUCGUUCAAGCACUGGUACACUAUUGAUGAAGAUGUCUGCAGCCAUCCUGGGUAUGAUCACAUGCCUGGUACUAACAGGUGGAGAAGCUGCUAUGGGGUCUAUUGUCCCCGACCAUGUGCAGUUUACUGGUGAUAUGAACCUGAUUGUUAGCCCGCAGGACAUGUCCAGUUUUGCACUGAACAUGACUAUACUGGAUGUGACCCAGGACAUGUAUAAAGUGUUUGGAUAUGCUCCAAUAGCCACUGUACAUAACGAUACAACAGACCUACUAUUGGAGGCCAACUCCGUGACACGUAUCUACAUUGGAACACCAGACAAUGCAGCGUACCUAGCAGAGCUGACAGAGCUAUCAUCCUGUCUGUCCGGUGCAGAGUCGCAUUGUUUACGUCUUGUUCCUGAUCAACACGACACAAGUCAUUCUCACUACUGGUUGCUAGCUAUUGGUGCUGAUGUACGCGGUGCUAUAUACGCAGCAUACACGUUCAGUGAGCAGAUUCUCGGUGUGGAUCCCAUGUAUCGCUUUACCGACAUACAACCCGACUAUCAACCCAUCAUCAAUACCAGUGUGGCACUCAUCAACUCACUUACAUUUGCCUCACCCCAGUUUGAGUACCGCGUCAUCUUCGCUAAUGACGAAGACUUGCUGGGUGGCUUCACGCCGGACCCACUCGGCGAAUCCGUGUUCAGCCUGACCACAUUUAACUGGCUUUAUGAGACGACCCUGCGCAUCAAGGCAAACGCGUUUCUCGUCGGAACUGUACCGUAUCCCGAUGAGAAGAGCCUGACGUUGGCCUCUCGUCGAGGCCUGGUCGUGACCAACCAUCACUUCAACUUGUUGGGAAUUAAUACAUUCCGAUGGCCGUCGGCCAUCAAGGACGAGUGGUCGUGGAGCGGUGCCCCCGCCACAAUGGCGUACGCGUGGAAGGCGUCGAUUUCGGCCAUGAGUCGUCUGGAUGACGUCAUCUGGAGCGUCGGUUACCGCGGUCUGAACGACUAUCCUGCACCGUGUGAAGGGUGCUCGGCUGCCGACAAGGGCGAGUACAUCAGCCAAGUCAUUGCUAACCAGACACAAUGGGUGAAUCAGAUCAAGGGAGCCAACCAGAAGUACAUGACGUACUUGUGGCAGGAGGGGCUUGGCUACUUGCAGAAGGGGUUUCUUACCUUGCCAGAGGAGGUGAGUGUGAUCUUGACUGAUUCCGGCCCGGGACAUAUAUUUGGUCUGGAUGAUUACGCUAACAUAUCCGAUGGUGUCUACACGCAUGUUGCCAUGUACAAUGGAAAUGCAAAUCAGCUAACAGAGAUGGUGCCUCCAUCGCGGCACUUCGACCAGCUUGGCACGUUUGUGCAGAAAGGUCGUCGCACCAAGUACAUCAUACUGAACACUUCCGACUUGCGUCCCGUGCCACUGACCACCGAGGCCGUAAUGCGCUUUGCCUGGGAUCCUAAACCGUUCAUGACGGCCGCUAGUACAGACGAGGCACAGACACAGUUCAUUACGGAAUGGGCUAUGCAGAAGUAUGGCGUGAGCGAAGCCGUAGCGGGAGACAUAGCCCAGCUUUACAAUGAAUACUUCCAAGUACCGUACAUACAGACAGGUAACAGCGAUAACCAUCUCUCUACGACCAUCAUGGACUUGGCAGACGCAUACAGUCAAAGCCUGCAAAAGACCAGGAAAGUGUCGUCCGAAGUACUGGUCCGAGCUCAUUCGGCGAUUCCGAUAUCCCUAGCCGACGUUCGCACACUCCACAACAAGACCAUGAUGCUUCUAAGCCGAGUGAGCAGCCUCAUGACUGCCGAUCGGCUGAACUUCUUCGUAGCGCAUCUCGUUGGACAGACUGGCAUGCAGCGUUACGGAUGCGAAGUACAGAACUCCCUGGCAAUGUCCAUUAUCGCCAUGGCCAAAGAUGAUGUGACCAAUGCCACUACGAGUAUCAACGAGGCGUUGCAGUACUUUGAUGCAUUCUUCAGUGCACAGCGUGGUGCGGAGACGUCCCACUGGCGCGGUGUGUUCAUGCACUCGCAUCUUGCCGACUUCCAGCGUGCACGAUCCUUUGUGCGCCGUUCACUGGUGGCGCUGAAAGAACUCUCUGCUCAAGCCAUCGCUCUGCCGCCUGCCUUUCCUGGCUUGUACUACACUUUCACAUUCUAUCAGCUGGUCAACGAGGAUCACUAUCCAUUGUUCUAUGCUUCAUCAGAUUGGAACAUGCAUAACUUUGUACGUAUUAGCUGUAUGAAUAUCAGUAGUGCUGUGUGCUAUAACAACGCCACUGGUGGAUUCUUUCACAGCACAGCUAACAUAAUGAUGAAGUCAUUGUUAUUGGAUAGUGACAGCACUGCUGCUAUUCACUACACACUGGAUGGUAGUGCUCCCACUGCACAGUCACCGGUCUUUGACCCGAGCAAAGCGCUGCAAAUCACGCAAUCCACACAUAUCAAGGCAGUUGCACUGGCCGCCAACACAUCUCCCGUCAUCGUUUCAGAAGCUGUUUACGCAAAGGUCUGAACCUGCAAACGUCAGGCUAUUACUCUAUGUAUUGCACUGGACAACGAAGUCAAUGUAUCUUCCACAUAUUUUAAUUUUCCGGAUUGCAUUUCCCAGAAAGGUUUGAUAUGUUUCGGAUUGAUUUACAUGUAGAUUGUUCAGUUGUUCCUGCAUUGUGGACGUUAUUGAAAUGAUGUUGUUCUCUUCUUUGACCAUACAACAAGCCGCGUUUACUUUCAAGUCUAGCACCUUACAGCAUCGUAUUCACAAUUCCACAGAUCUUCAUCAUAAUUAUACUACUUUUUACUGGUAGACACUAGAAAUGCAGUGUUUCUGACUUGGUGAUUCCUUG